AUGAUGCCACCGUUGACCAAGAUCGAGGUGCUUGCGAAGCGUGUGAUGGAGGGUGCACAACUGAAAACCCACAAAUACUUCCGAAUCGCUGUGCCUCACGCCAUCACUGGUCAACAGUUGAUAGCUCUCGUUUUGGAACGAGGUGCUCCUGAUGACGAGGCAGAGGCCAGUCACUUAGCAAGCCUCCUUCUCCAUCACGGAUACAUGUUUCCCGUUAUCGAACAUGGUCAACCUUUCAAAGAUGAUGGGACUCUCUACAGGUUACAGAGGCCAUAUUUCUGGCCGUCUCAAGCUGAACUUGUUCCUGAUGUGGAAUACGCAAUCUACCUCAAUAAACGACUGCUUAGAAAUGAACAAAAACACGGGUUAGAAGAAGAUGAAGUCGAAUCCUUCAACAGGCUAGCAGAUGUCUUGGCUCACAUGUGGGCAUUCAUCGUUCAACAAUCAGAACUCCAACUGAAACAGCAAAAAGAGAAGAAAAAGGUUGAUAAAGUUGUGUUCGAUUCGGAAGAACGAGCGUUCUGGAAAAUUCGAAAACCGAGCAGAGGAGGUCCCAACUUUCUCGAAGACCCCUAUAUGAAAAUAGAGAAGAAAAUACGACGGCAGAAUGCACAAGGCUACCGAUGUCUAAUGGAUCGAUUACGAUUUGCUAUAAAAACAAAACCUUGGUUGAAGGCUCUUAAGGCAUCCGAUACAAUGGUGACUUGGGUUGAUCAACGAGCGGAAUUCGAUCCUUUCCUACAUCCUCCACAGCCAUCUAACCCUUGGAUUAGUGAUGAGGCAUCUUUCUGGAAUCAACCAACCGACACAUCGAGUGCCGAAAUCCCCACAGAAAAACGGGUAAAACGAUGGGGUCUGUCUGUACAGGAGUUGGUCAAGGAUCCGAUUGGACGACAAGUCUUAGAGACUUUCCUAGAAUCUGAAUUUUCUUCCGAAAAUAUACGAUUUUGGAUAGCAAUACAGGAUUUAAAAUAUGCUCCGAAUGAGCAGAUUUAUGAGAAAGCAGGGAGAAUACGAGAAGAAUUUUUGGCUCAAGGAGCACCUGCACAAGUUAAUGUUGAUUCAAGAACACUCGAUAUGACGUUGGAUUGCAUAGCAAAAGCAAAGGAUGCUUCUCAAAUGAGAUUCGCAUUUUACAAUUCUGAAGAACACGUCUUCACAUUGAUGGCCAAGGACUCCUACCCUCGAUUUGUUAGGUCUCAAAUCUACAAAGCCGUUUUGACAGCUGCCCAACAACAUGGUACAAAACGACUAGGAUGGAGAAACUUCGUCUUCAACAUGGGUACUACUAAAAAACCAACUUCCAGUAAACCGUCGAAGGCAAGAUUUUCCAGGGUGAUUAUGUAUGAAAACUUUGAUUCUCUUCAGCCGCAAGACUCAAUCGGUACCAGUCAAGCUCUACCCAAACAAUUGUCAUCAGAUUCAUUGCCAGUUCGGCAGGCUCAUGGUGCCAAGUAA